UAGUUAGAAAUAAUGAGCAGAAAGGCAAGAGCAAUGAGAUGGGGACUGUUGGGGAGCAGGUUAAUGGAUUAGCUAGAAAUAAGGGGCAGAAAGGAAAGAGUAAUGAGAUGGCUGCUGGGUGCUGCUGUGUGUGCAAAUUAAUGGAUUAUCUAGAAAUAAAAGGCUGAAAAGCAAGAACAAUGAGAUGGGUGCUGGGUGCUUCUGGGUGAGCAGGUUAAUGGAUUAUUUAAAAAUAAGGAUAAAAAAAGCAACAGCAAUGAGAUGGGGGCUUUUGGGGAGCAAGGUAAUGGAUUAAUUAGAAAUAAUGGGCAGAAAGGAAAGAGCAAUGAGAUGGAGACUCUUGGGGAGCAGGCUAAUGGAUUAGCUAGAAAUAAGAACAAAUAAAAAUAAGGAAAGAGUAAUGAGAUGGGUGCUGGGUGCUUCUGGGUGAGCAGGUUAAUGGAUUAUCUAGGAAUAAAGGGCAGAAAGGCUAAUGCUUUUUGCAAGGUGUUGCAUGCUGUUGGGUGAGCACAUUCAUGGAUGGAAUGCACAAGUGCUGGUUGCAAGAUGGGGGUUGCAGGGUGCUGCUAGGUGAGCAGCUGAGAGGUAAACCAUCAGAUAAGCAUUGAGUUGAAAGGAGACUGUAUCUCUCCCCCUCCCUUUUUGUAGGGAGGGAAGUGAUUGUGGGACAUCCUGACACGAGACUUCCAGCCCGUCACACUAACACAAGCUCUCUGCACGCCAGUUCCCCAAGCUUGGCAACUGCUAUCAGGACUGGAGAUUUGCCUGAAGUUGGUCCCUACAUGUCCAGUCACAGUUCUAGGUAGAAUCCUCCAGUCAGAUAUGGGCAUUCCUGCUGGGGAUGGAUGACAAGCAACAGGACAUCCAGAGGUCAACGGGACAUUGUGACACCUACCUAUGCACCCGUCCAGCCCGGGAUAUGCCAUAAAAUGCAGAACACAUCCUGCACGGAGGACAGGAUUCAGCAUGCUCUGGAGCGAUGCCUGCAUGGAUUGAGCGGUAACACAGACAUCUCAUCCAAUUGGACAGCUGGACUAUGCCUCAAUUACUGGAGCCUAGAGGAAUUAGUGAACCGUGAUGCAACUAAUUAUAUUAUUCUGGCAGAGAAGACCUUGGCAAGAACGAGGGAGGCGCAGAAAAAUGGCGAAUACGAACUUCUCACACCACUGGCGUUGAUGUUUUACUUUGCCGUGCUUCGGGCCCCAUAUAUCCCAGAAACAUCUGACCUGCUCCCCAAAGCCUUUGAGGUGUUUCAUACGUUCCUCACAUGGCCGGCUCCCUAUUGUCACGUCUACCAGGAGAUGCUCAGUUUUAUCAGUGAGGAGCAGAAGGCACCAGGAAUCACGUAUCAGCGAUUGGUGAGAACUGAACAAGGAAUUCCAACGAGGUCGUCCUGCAGCAGCACAGCAACUGUGCUGUUGGUUAACCCAGCAGAGCUUCCCAGCGAGUUCCUCUCAGUGGCAGAACAACUGAGUAAUGCGGAGCAGCCUAUACAGCAAACACUGGUGUCCCUGAUCCAGCACCUUUUCCAAGCCAGCCUCGGGACACAUGCCCACACUGAAGAGCUUGGCGCAUCUCUAAAAUCAAGACCAAUAGAGAAGCUGCAAGAGAUCUAUUCGGACCUGACAGAGGCAAUGGAGCAUGCAACAAUGGCUGAUAUUAAGCCAGGGAAAAAGAGGGAGUCACUAAAGGCAAAACUACUGGAAGUGGCAGAGAAAGCUGGUCUUAUGCAGGGAAACACAGGGUCCAGUUUGACCUCUAGAAUUCAGCCCAUCUUCAUGCCUGUAGCCAAGUGUUACACAUACAGCUGGGAUCAGGAUGAUUUUGAUAUCCUAAACCAGAUCCUUCUCAGUGAAAGCCAUCUUGAAUCUCUAGAAGACGAUGUCACUGAGGAAGACGAAGAAGUGGAUUUCGAGGAGGUUGAUGACAAAGAUGAGGAUGGUGGCAAAUCUCCCAAACAGGAUUCUGUGUUCUCCAAUAGUUAUGUCUACUGGAACUUUCCCAGUGACUCAAAAGAAGACCCAAGCAUGAGCAUGUCCAACCUUGCCAGCCAUUCUAUGACAUUCGUUUCAAGCCUUUCCAGUUGUGUUGACAGUGGUUAUGUGGAAGACAGUGAUGAAGGCUCCCAGGAAAUAUCAGAAAUGGGGGAAUAUCAAGAGGAGAGAGCCAACAACAAGCUGAAACAGAAGAUCUGUCAGCUCUUUAAAACCAAAGGUCACCAAGCCAAGGACAAGCUUAAAGCUGAGCUCAGCCCUUGCAUCUCUCACCCCUUGCUAAGCCCAUUUCCUGAUAUAUCAAAGACAAUCCCCUUGCGCAGAGCAGGAAGCAUGUAUACUCCACAAUUGAGCAGAAUUCCUGUGCGGUCAAAAAGGUCCAAGUCCCUGCCACAGCCCGCUUUCGGGACCCAAUUCCUGGAUUUGCAGCUUAGCCAGAAAGUGGCCUUUAAGAGAAGACCCUUUCUAAGCUGUGAUGAUGACACAAAAGUUUCAACACUGAGGAUUGUGGUAUUCGGCUCAGACAGGAUUUCUGGAAAAGUUGCCAGAGCGUAUAGCAACUUAAGGCUGAAGGAGAGCAGUUGCCCACUACUCACAAGGUUCUUCAAGUUACAGUUUUACUAUAUUCCAGUAAAAAGAAGCAGUAGCUCCACCAAUGCACCAAUGACAAAUGCUGAAUCCCCUCUCAAGUCUCCAAGCCCAUCUGGACGGUUCCCACUACAGGAUGUAUUUGGAGAUGAAGCAAGCACUAAUGAUAUUUCUCACUACAUUGGUAUCCUGGACCCCUGGUAUAAACGCAAUAUAAUGGGCCUAAUGGAUCUCUCCACCUCCAUGCUAUGCCAGAAGUCGUCGAAGGAAGAGAAUGAGACCACUGAGACCACCACAAUGCCCAUUCUGGCUGACAUGGUGUUGUACUACUGCCGCUUUGCCACAAGAUCACUUCUCUUGCAGUUGUACCGGGCUGAGAUUACAUUUGACAGCGGAGGAAAGCAAACAGAAGUCUUUAUUCAAUGCCUGGAGUUGGGUCAUUCUGCGGAUUUGAGAGCAAUCAGAGCAUCAGGGCCAGGCUGCAAGAGGCUCGGUAUAGAUGGAGACCAAGAUGUAAUUCCAUUUACACUACAAAUUGUCUACAGCAAGUCAACAGUCAGUGGGCGCAGCCGGUGGAGUAACGGUGAGAAGGUCUGUACAUCAGUCAGUCUCAGGAAAGCCUGCAAUACCUAUGAGGAGCUGGACAGCAAAAUGGAGUGCUUGAAUCUCACUGUGAGAGAAGUUGUGAAGCGACAGAAUUCAAAGACAAAAAAGAGCUUUAACCAGAUCUGUACUUCCCAUAUCAAGAUAGACAAAGCACAGAUCAUCGCACAACAUGGUGGCACCUUCCCUUUAUGUCUUGACCAAGAUGAGCGCAAAAUACUUCAGAGGGUUAUAAAAUGUGAAGUGUCUCCAUGCUACAAACCAGAAGACAGAGACUUCUGCAGAAGGAACCGACGGCCAUCUUGGAGCCAAGCAUCUCAAAACCAAUCGGAAUUCUGCUCACUGCUGUGUUUGCCAAUUGCAACGUUUUGUGGGGCUCAACCCUAGCAGAACCAAGAGAAAUGGAAAUACUUUUAACCAGAAUUGUGGACAUGUCUGCGCUCUAUCUACAAAUGGUUCUUGCUCCCUUCACUCUGGUACAAUAUUUAAUUAACAAGUGUUGUGCACAUCUAAUUGUAAAUACCAAGGACCUACUGCACUGAUGGGACCAUUCAUUUGGCAAUGACAAGACUUCUAUGUGGAGAAGAACCAUGGACCUUGACACAAUCUUCUCUGAUUAUCCAAACUCAAUAUAAAAAACUGAAAUUCAUCCAGUAUGCUUCAUAUCUGUCACUAACAUUAUCAGUGGUGGAAUGUUUACUAUUGACUGACUACUUAUAAGGACUCUUAGAAGUAAUUAAAGCUAUGGAAGAUAUGUAUGGAUUCCAGUCUUCAUUCUCAAGAUGUCUUAAUCCUGAGUCAGCAACUUCGGGUAUCAGGGUGCAAUGUUUUUAGCAUGCACUCUUCCGCUUACAUCCUUAUUGCAGCACGUAAUCAAGCCCAUGAAUGGCGGCUCAUGUUCAUACAUUUCAGUUUUUACUGUUGACUAUCUAGUCAGAUAUUGCAAGAUAAUAUUAGGUCUGUUUUUCUUCUUCCUUUGGUGGUGAUCCAUGUCUCCUUGUCAGAUUGCCGCCAUUUUGAUUUGCACACUUUUUUUAUUUUAUCUCUGUAAAUAAUGUAAAUAUAUUUUAUUAUUGUUAUGGGCAUUUGUUCAGUUUGAGAUAUUUAAAUCAUCAGGCACCUAAUAUUCAUGACUACUUUUGACAGUACUGUAUCUGCCUGUCGUAUUCCCUUUGGUUCUCCUCCCUAGUGGCAACAUGCAUAACUUCCUGGUCAGGACAGUUACCCCUUUACAUGUCAACACAUAUAUAAUUUCAGUUUGUGGAAUACAUAAACCACAGUGUUUCUGAAGAACUGCACUUGAGGUCAUUGGGCUUACAGAUAAUAUUGUCCUGAUAAGUCUUUUAACAGACUUGAUAAUUGUGUGCACUAAAGAUUAUAGGAAACUUUCAAUGCAGAAUUUUAGAUAUUUUAUACUGUAAUUUUGAAACUUGAAGGGCAAAACUGUUUGAUGACAAUAAACUGCAAUUUUUAUGUA